AUGGUUGGGGCUUCUUCUGUGAUCAGGGCUAUGCCUUUGCUGGCCGCAUCUGCUUUGGCGAGUGUCAACUAUCCUACCAUCCCAGAUGACUUGACCACCCCCUUCCAACAGCGUCUCGCUGUGUAUGGGCCAACCUCCAUGUCCGUUGGUUGGAACACGUAUGAGAAGAUGGGCACCAGCUGUGUGGCAUACGGCACCUCUGCCAGCGACCUGAGCACUACCGUCUGCUCAUCGUCCACUCCGACCACUUACGCCACAUCUCGAACCUGGUCGAACACGGUGAUUUUGACCGGAUUGACCCCGGCCACCACCUACUACUAUAAGAUCCAAUCGACCAACUCGACUGUGAACCACUUCCUGAGUCCCCGCACUCCGGGUGACAAGACCGCAUUCAACAUGGAUGUCGUGAUCGACCUGGGUGUGUACGGUGCAGAUGGUUUCACCACCACCAAGCGUGACGAGAUCCCCUACAUCGAGCCUGAUCUCAACCACACCACGAUCGGUGCCCUUGCUCGGACCAUUGAUGACUACGAGCUUGUCAUCCACCCCGGUGACUUUGCGUACGCUGAUGACUGGUAUCUCAAGCUCUCCAACCUGCUCCAGGGUAAGGAAGCCUACCAGUCCAUCCUCGAGCAGUUCUACGACCAGCUCGCUCCCAUUGCCGGCCGCAAGGCGUACAUGGCCAGCCCCGGUAACCACGAAGCCGACUGCAGCGAGAUUCCCUACCUUCUGGAACUGUGCCCGGAGGGCCAGAAGAACUUCACUGAUUUCCUGCACCGCUUCGACCAGACCAUGCCGGAGCCCUUCACUUCGUCCUCGACCAACGCCAACGCCCAAGCUCUUGCCGCCAAGGCAAAGACCUAUGCCAACCCACCUUUCUGGUACUCCUUCGAGUACGGCAUGGCUCACGUUGUCAUGAUCAACACCGAGACUGACUUCCCCGAUGCGCCCGACGGCACGGAUGGCUCUGCAAAGCUGGACGGCGGUCCCUUUGGCACAACCGGGCAACAGAUCGACUUUUUGACCGCCGACCUUGCCUCAGUCGACCGCAGUGUCACCCCGUGGCUCAUCGUUGCCGGCCACCGUCCCUGGUACACCACUGGCUCGGACAACGGCUGCGACUCCUGCCAAGAGGCCUUUGAGGAUCUGUUCUACAAGUAUGGCGUCGAUCUCGGUGUUUUCGGACACGUUCACAACUCCCAGCGUUUCCUGCCCGUUUAUAAUGGAACUGCUGAUGCGAACGGUAUGACGGAUCCUAAAGCGCCUAUGUACAUCAUCGCUGGCGGACCUGGUAACAUUGAGGGUCUGAGCGCUGUUGGCACUGAGCCUUCAUAUACUGAGUUUGCAUAUGCGGAUGAUUACAGCUAUGCUCAGCUGAAGUUCUUGGAUGAGAACAACCUCCAGGUCGAUUUCAUUCGCUCGGAGACUGGUGUUGUCUUGGAUUCCAGCACUUUGUACAAGAGCCACACCGACUCGUUCGUUGUGCAAUAG